CUCCUGAGAACACGCCCCAGAUGAGCCAGAUAUAUAACCAAGACCUGCGGGUAGCAGAGGAGCUGUGAGAAGCGCAUAGCUAGUCGUACUCGCUCACCUCCAGGGUUACCUGUGACACCCUUGCAAUGACAAGGAGGCCCAGCGAAAGGGGGCCACGUACAGGGAGUCUGGAUAAUAACCUCACCGGCAAUCUGUGAGAAAAGAAAAAGGUCUUUUUUUCUCUCCCUCUCUCGAGCGCGCUGUAUUUUUUUUUAUUUUUUUUUGGAUGCUUUUCGACAUUUGGGAGUUCCUUUGGAGUUUACCUGUGGGCUGCGGAUCGAUCGGAGGAGGAUAAGCGAACCGCGUUACUCAUCAGCUCUGCAGAUCGUUGCAUGAAACUGAGAGCGGGGCCGCAAUGAGUCGGAGAACACGACGCUGGAUUCUAAGAGUUCUACUUUGUCUGGGGAUCGUUUAUUUGAAGAUCGGUGGCUUCUCGUCGGUGGUGGCCCUAGGUGCGAGCAUAAUCUGUAACAAGAUCCCCGGUUUGGCCCCCAGACAGCGGAUUAUCUGCCAGAGUCGCCCCGAUGCCAUUAUCGUCAUCGGAGAGGGGGCCCAAAUGGGCAUCAACGAGUGUCAGUUUCAGUUCAAGAACGGCCGCUGGAACUGCUCCGCGCUCGGAGAGAGGACGGUCUUCGGCAAAGAGUUGAAAGUGGGUAGCAAAGAGGCCGCGUUCACCUACGCCAUCAUCGCGGCCGGGGUGGCCCACGCCAUCACGGCGGCCUGCACGCAGGGCAACCUGAGCGACUGCAGCUGCGACACAGAGAAGCAGGGCUUCUACAGCAAGGACCACGGCUGGAAGUGGGGGGGCUGCUCGGCCGACAUCAGCUACGGCCUGGGCUUCUCCAAAGUCUUCAUCGACGCUCGCGAGGUCAAGCAGAACGCCAGGACGCUCAUGAACCUCCACAACAACGAGGUGGGACGCAAGGUCCUGGAGAAGAGCAUGCGGCUGGAAUGCAAGUGCCACGGCGUCUCGGGCUCCUGCACCACCAAAACCUGCUGGACUACACUCCCCAAGUUCCGCGAGCUCGGCUACAUUCUCAAGGAGAAGUAUUCGCACGCCGUGCACGUGGAGCCAAUCAAAGCCAGCCGCAACAAGCGCCCCAGAUUCCUCAAGAUCAAGAAGCCUUACUCCUACCGCAAGCCCACGGACUCGGAGCUGGUGUACACGGACAAAUCGCCCAACUACUGCGAGGCGGACCCCGUGACGGGGAGCCUGGGGACGCAGGGCCGCGUGUGCAACAAGACCAUGAUGCAGCACGUCGGCGGCUGCGACCUGAUGUGCUGCGGCCGCGGGUACAACACGCACCAGUACUCCCGCGUGUGGCAGUGCAACUGCAAGUUCCUGUGGUGCUGCCACGUCAAGUGCAACACCUGCAGCGAGAGGACAGAGGUGUACACGUGCAAGUGAGCGCGUUUUUUCUCGCGCGAAGGGCUGUGUGUGUGUGGGGGGGGGGGGUUUCGCGGAGGAAGCGGCGUGCCGCGCGCACGGCAAGCAACGUGGGCGCCGAGCAGCGAGGUGAAUGGCGUCAGGUCGGAGGCUCUGAACUGACACGGCCGUUUGGAAUAUUUAACAUACUGUAUGUAGAGAAUGAAAAUAAUUAAUAUUAAUUUAUUCUAUGAAAAUAAAAAAAACUACUGAUUUUUUUUCCGUUACGGAUAACUAAAUGUUGGGUUGUUAGUUCAUUAAAGCAAUAAAAAUGAGUCCACACUCUUGUUAACACACUGGAUUUGAAUUUGCCUGUAAUAAUAACGUGUUUUAGAAUAAUGGUGGAACUGGCGUAGGCCGCUCACGUUGACCUCCUGACCCUCCCAUGGGUUUGUCUUCCCUCUGUUUGCUGCUAGUCUGGAGAAUCCCACUUGAGGUCAAAGGCUGUACGCUCACGUCGAGCUGCUUUUAGCUCCAAAACACAGGCACAUUUUCCACUAUUGGUAAAUAUUGGUUCAUAGAGUAUAUUUUGUAAAAGCCUAUUUUUAUAUGAAUGUCUUAUUUAUAUCUUUUGCAUAUUCAAUGUCAAAUUCUGAGACCUGUUUUUAAACCCCUGUGGAACGAAAAAGCCGAUGUAUGUAAGUCGACCCAUGCUGUCACUGCCAUAGUUGUAUAUUGUAAGUGAUAGAAACUGUUCCUUUGUGUCUGUGUUUACUGUGUUUCAUGACUACUACUGAUGGAAUACAGGAGUAGAA